AUGUUGUCACUCGUUGCGUUCUCACUUUUUGGCCUCUCGGCUGCCUUUCCUUCUCUUCUAUCAGAGCCUCAACUACUCCCACGUGCCACCUGUUCCGGCAACACAGCAGACACUCGAUCCGAGUGGUGCGACUACUCUAUCGACACCGACUAUACCAGCGAGGCUCCAGACACUGGAGUUACACGUGAAUACUGGUUCGAGCUCACGGAGACUACCGCCGCCCCAGAUGGAGUGGAACGCUAUGUGCAGGCCAUUAACGGCAGCAUCCCAGGUCCCACGAUUUUUGCAGAUUGGGGUGACACUGUCGUUGUUCACGUGACCAACGCCAUCUCCUCCUCUACCAACGGCACAAGCAUCCAUUUCCAUGGUAUCCGACAGAACUACACCAACCAGGAAGAUGGUGUAUCAUCUAUCACGCAGUGCCCCACUCCCCCAGGAUCUUCCAUCACCUACACUUGGAGAGCAGUCCAAUAUGGGUCAACUUGGUACCACUCGCAUUGGGCCUUGCAGGCCUGGGAAGGCGUUUUUGGCGGUAUCAUCAUCAACGGCCCUGCCACGUCUGAUUACGACGAGGAUUUAGGGAUGCUGUUCCUUAACGACUGGGAUCAUUCCACGGUCGACGAGCUAUAUAUAGACGCUGAGUCCAGUGGUCCUCCGACUCUGGAUACUGGUCUUAUCAACGGCACGAACAUAUGGACUGAUGACGACGACAACGUGACGGGAUACCGUUUCAAUGUUUCACUCACGGAAGACUCGUCGUACAGGCUGCGGCUUGUGAACGCUGCUGUGGACUCUCACUUUAAGUUCAUGGUUGACAACCAUACCCUCACAGUCAUUGCGACGGACUUGGUGCCCAUUGAGCCUUUCACCACUGACAUAAUCAGCAUUGGGAUGGGUCAACGAUAUGAUGUGAUUAUCACGGCAAAUCAAGCAGCUGUUGCUGAUAGCUUCUGGAUACGUGCCAUCCCGCAAUCUGCGUGUAGCGAGAAUGAUAACGCGGACAAUAUCAAGGGCAUUGUGUAUUACGGCAGCUCGACCACGACUCCGACCACGUCGAGGACGAGUAGUUAUGUUGAGAGUUGCGAGGAUAUGGACGUCUCGGAUCUCGUCCCGUACAUCUCAAAAACAGCUACCUCAAUCCAGGACACGGGGUCCGAGGGCGUCACCGUUGGUUUCAACGACGAGGACCUUUUCCGAUGGUAUCUAAACUCCACUACCAUGGUACUCGAAUGGUCUGAUCCGACAUUGUUGCAAAUCUACGACAAUACGAGCACUUUCGACACCUCAGACGCCGUUAUUAAGCUUCCGAACGCCGAUGAAUGGGUUUAUAUGGUCAUCGAGACGACCUUCUCUGUCCCUCACCCUAUCCACCUACACGGCCACGAUUACCUUGUCCUCGCGCAAGGUUCUGGUACUUACAACAGUUCAACCGUUACUCUCAACCUAGAUAACCCACCCCGGAGAGACACUGCCAUGCUCCCUGGAAACGGCUACUUGGUCAUUGCCUUCCAGACUGAUAACCCCGGCGCUUGGAUUAUGCACUGCCAUAUUGGUUGGCACACCAGCGAAGGGUUUGCCCUGCAGUUCAUUGAGAGGGAAAGCGAGAUCAGUGCGCUGAUUGACUACGACACUCUAUCCGAUAAUUGCGACGCAUGGUCAACUUACCAGAGCUCUGAGUCUGUCGUACAGGACGACUCAGGGGUUUAG